CACAUCUCAGCUUCCUGUUCUACAGGAAGUAGUGUUCUUGCUUACAUUUUUGGGUUCCAAGCCAAAAAGUACAGUAACUUAGUUGGUUCUGUAAAAUAAUGGUUGACAGUUGAUAAUGAUUAUCUAGUUUAUAGUAUUUUUAAUUUACGCGUUUCUUCGGCCAUGUCUGCAAGCUGCUGCUAUUUUACCGUGGUGUUUCUGGUCUCGGCUCCUUCGUUCUUGUCGUGUCUGCUAGUUACGGGCGCUCAGGUCGCCUUGGUCGAGAUUCUGCUGAGAGAACGUCCAGAUGUCAGCACCGUUCUACAAGGCGAGGUGCUCGAAGCGAACUGGGAAAGCAGCAGCGUACCCGAAAAACACAAUCAACAAGAGCAUGAUCUCGAAGGGGACCUCAUAUUAGUGCAGGAUGAGGAGCCGCAGGUGAGCCGGGGCAAAGGUGGGGGUGUCCAAGCCAAAGACCAGGAGCCAUGGAUAGGUGUGGUGCCUGUCAAAGUGGAGGAGAGCAAAGCUUCCACUGCUGGGAACAGCCAGGAAUCCUUUGCUGCUGCCGUUGUCAAUAAAAUGAAACGAGCCUUGGUCCUGGGGGCUUCUGCACUCAUCAUCCUAGCCCUCAAUCAGAACACUAUCAGAGAGAUGGAUCUGUCCCAAGUCCUCUCUAAGCCAGUCAUUGUCAUCCAGACAUCAGAAAAUGUUACCAAGCUUAUCGGAGCACUCCUCAGGGGCCUUCAUGCUACUGUGAAAAUCACAUACAAGACUAUUCUACAGGACAACUUGGGGGCCACCCUGACGUUGUGGUCCACGUGCGGUCUCUCCAGAGGCGGUCUGUAUGGAGAGUGGCAGGGGGUCAUCUGCACCGGAGAGACCAACUCGCAGGUCCAGAAGUACCUGCAUCAGCUGUGGAACACGGUCCUACUGGUGGCUCUGAUCCUCUGUACAGGGGUCAUAGUUCAGGCUCGAUGGCAGUACCAGGACAACCAACUCAAUGACGACCUGGAGUUACCAAAACAGGACAUCCUGAAGAGACUGUCUUCCCUGAAGACCAGGAUGUACCGGCAGCCCAAACCGUGGUGUGACCCAGCGCAGCUAGAGACAGACAACUGUGCUGUCUGUCUGGAACAGUUCAACAACAACCAGUGUCUUCGCGUGCUGCCCUGCCUCCAUGAGUUCCACAGGGACUGUGUGGAUCCGUGGUUGCUCCUGCAGCACACCUGUCCUCUGUGUAAACGCAGCAUACUCAGUAACCUCUGUAGAGACAGCUAAUGGUAGCCUUGGCCCAGCUCCUCACCCCACUGACCAGGGCCCAGUUUUUAAAAACUUUUAAUCUGGAUCAGAAUUUCGAUUCUGUAAUCCCCAUUUUUGCUAUCCAGGUUCAGAUCAAUCUGGCUGUUUUUGAGCCAGUUUUCAGAAAAAAAUCAGAUAGGAUCAUUCUGAUCCAGAUACCACAAUAUCAAGAUCACAGAAUUUGGAUUUUCAGUGUUUUGAACAGGCCUAAAUCUUGACAUCUGCUGGACAAAUUGUGGUACUACUUCUACACUGUCAUAGGGUAACAGAGAUGAGUAAACUACAUGAAUGGGGGAUCAAGAUAAUCCAGGUUUUUGGCAUAAAAACUAUCCUAAAAACUAUCCUAAUCCAAACCUUUUAGAGUUUUGAAAAUGCAAAAAUGACAUGAUUAAAGUUCAGAUUGGAUUACCAAAUCUUUAUCCGGAGGAUCAUAAUCACAUUUUUCAGUUACAUUUUUAUAAUCAUUUUUAAUCCUGUCCGAAUCCGGAAUCCAAUCACAUAACUUCUGAAAAGCUGGGCCCAGAACAUUGGGAUCAAGUUGUCUUGUCGUCUUUCGUGACUAGUUUUCAGUAACAGUUCCAGACCACACCUCUUCUUCUUGCACUGGAUUGUGGGCGGGGGAGCUUCUCCCAGCAGCUGGCCUUCUUAUUGGACAAUGUUGACCUCUGACCUUUUAGGGACAGCCAAUCCUGAAGCAGCUUCACUUAUCUAUGUGGUACUGUAAAACAAAUGUUACUGUACCAGUGUUGAAACAAACAGUACAUUCUUCCUGGGAUAACAUACCGUACAAUGACGUUACUCUAUUCUCUCCCACCCUCCUCUCUUGCUGCAUGUGUGAUAGAGUACUGGUGCCUCAUGGUGAAAGUGUCUAUACAUGUCAGGCAUUCUAAUGUUCUGUUAAUCUGUAGUGGAAUUCCAUGUAUGUUCUUUACAGGGAAAUUAAAGUCCAAGGCAUUUUAAUGUGAAAAAAUAA